AUGGAAGCGCAAACACAGACAAACGAGGCAAACAAUGCUGCCACCUCGGCUGUCACCGCGGCAGUUGCAGUGAAGCUUCCAGAAUUUUGGAAGAACGACCCAAGGAUGUGGUUUGCUCAAGCAGAAGCACAGUUUGCUCUCGCGGGUGUGGUACAGGACGAAACAAAAUACUACCACAUUAUCAGCAAGCUCGACCAGACUGUCAUUAUCCAAGUGGCCGACAUCGUGACAGAACCCCCGAGAGAAAACAAAUACCCAGCAGUGAAGGGACGGCUGAUCUCACGCUACGAAGUUUCGGCCCAAGGAAAGUUGGAGCAGCUGCUGAACUCUUGCGACCUCGGGGACAUGCGGCCAUCUCAUCUCUUGGCCCGUAUGCUGGAACUCGCAGCUGGUUUGAACGUGAACGAAAGUGUGCUGCGGGUGCUGUUUAUCCAGCGAAUGCCAGAACGCGUCAAGACAAUCCUGUCGAUUUGCGAUGGAAACAGGCUGCAGCAACUGGCAAACAUGGCAGAUAAAAUCACCGAUUUUUCACCGUCUGUCGUUGCCGCCACAUCUUCCGCAGCUGUACCCGGGCUUAGCGACCUCCAGGACCAAAUCGCUCAGCUUACUGCUGAGGUACGUCGGAUGAAGACUUCUGACGGACGCAGCCGAUCUUCUUCCCGAAGCCGUCAGUCUGGUGCCCCGUCAGAUACCGUUUGCUGGUACCACAGGAAGUACGGCCGUUGCAGUUCACCUGAAACGGCGAAGGUGAACGGAGCAACAGAAAGUCGCCGCUUACUGCUCAACGACCGCACGUCCAGUUGCCGCUAUCUUAUCGACACGGGAUCGGAUGUUUCGAUAGUACCUGCGACAAAGAAGGACCGCCUCAAGGGACCGUCGUCGUUCCGUUUGCACGCUGCGAAUGGGACGGUGAUAAAAACCUACGACUCCCGUUUCAUCACGACAGACUUGGGGCUCCGACGGCAGUUUCGUUGGAACUUCAUCGUAGCGGAUAGCCGGCUCAUCGACGGGAAAACGAACCUACAGUGUGUGGGUGGCCUCUCCGCAGCUGAAAUUCACACGGUGACAACAGUUGAUUCCAGCCAUCCGUUCAAGGAUCUGCUGCUGGAGUACCGUGAAAUCACGCUGCCGUCUACCAUGCAACGCGCCGUGAAGGAAAGGGACGUGAAGCACCACAUUCUGACCAAAGGCCCACCCGUCGCUUCGAAGGCUCGGCGGCUGGCUCCAGAUAAACUCGACGCAGCCAAAAAGGAGUUCCAGCUGAUGUCGGAGUUGGGUAUGUGUCGACCAUCCUCGAGUCCCUGGGCCAGCCCGUUACACUGCGUACCUAAAAAGAACGGGCAGUUGCGCUUCGUUGGUGAUUACCGUGCCCUCAACAAGGUAACAGUUCCCGACCGGUACCCGGUCCCCCAUAUCCAUGAUCUGCUAAACGCUUUCCAGGGCAAAAUCAUUUUCACCACGAUUGACCUUGAGCGAGCUUACCACCAGAUCCCGAUCGACGACGAGGUCGUUCCGAAGACGGCGGUGAUCACUCCGUUCGGCCUGUUUGAAUUCACCACGAUGCAGAACGGCCUGUGCAACGCGGGUCAAACGGAUCUUCGGAGACCUUGGAUUCGUGAUCACAUUCAUCGACGACAUCUGCAUCGCGUCGUCGAGUCCGCAGGAACACCGGGAGCACGCCAAAAUCGUGUUCCAGCGCUUACGGGAGAAUGGACUGGUGGUUAA